AUGGCGCUGGCCCGGUGGCUGCUCCCCGUGGCCAUGCUGGCUCUGAGCCACGAGCCCAGCGUGGCAGGGGACCUAGAGACCAUCCCGCUGCAGACCCUGCGCUGCCACAAUGACUACACCAGCCGCAUUACCUGCCGGUGGGCGGACACCCAGGAGGCCCAGCGGUUCGUCAACCUGACCCUCUACCGCAGGCUGAACGAGUCCCCCCCAGAGCCAGUGUCCUGUGAGCUCACUGAUGACAUGCCCUGGUUAGCCUGCCCGGCCUCCGACUGCGUGCCCAGAAAGUGCGUCAUUCCCAGCACGCGGUUCGUCAUCGCCGACCGGGACAACUUCUCCUUCCAGCCUGACAGGCCUCUGGGCGCCCAGCUCACCGUCAUCCUGGCCCAGCAUGUGCAGCCCCCCGCGCCCAGGGACCUCCAGGUCCGUCCUGACGGGGACCAGUUCCUGCUGACCUGGAGCGUGGCCCCCGCGGCUUCCCAGACCCCGUGGCUGUCCGAGCUGGAGUUCGACGUGGCCUACCGGCGGCUUCAGGACUCCUGGGAGGAUGCUUCCAGCCUCAGCUGCACCGCCCCGCAGGUCCACCUGGGGCCCGGGCACCUCAUUGCCGGCAGCACCUACGUGGCCCGAGUGCGCGCCCGGCUGGGCCGGGAUUCGGGGUUCUCGGGCCGGCCCAGCCCGUGGAGCCCGGAGGUUCUCUGGGACUCCCAGCCAGGGGACCAGGCCCAGCCCCAGAACCUCCAGUGCUUCUUUGAUGGGGCCACCGUGCUCAGCUGCUCCUGGGAAGUGAGGGCCGAGGUGAUCCGCUCCGUCUCCUUCACCCUCUUCUAUAAGCCCGGCCCCAACGAGGGGGAGCAGGAGUGUUCCCCGGUGCUGAAGGAGGCCCGCGGCCCCUAUGUCCGCCACCGGUGCCAGGUGCCCGUGGCCGACCCCCGGAACCACAGCCAGUACCUGGUCUCUGUUCGGCCAAAGCGGGAAGAGAAGUUUAUAAAGAGCUCGGAAAACAUCCAGACGGCUCCUCCGACACUCAACGUGACCAAGGGCGGAGACGGCUACAUUCUGAACUGGGAGGUGACGACGUACUAUAACCACAUCGAGUACACCUACGAGGUCCAAUACAAGAAGGAUGCAGCCUCCUGGGAGGAGAGCAAGACAGAGCCCCUCCAGAACACGCGCUUCCUGUCACUGCCGCCGCUGGAGUCCUCCACCAGGUACCAGGCGAGAGUGAGGGUCAAGCCCCACAACGGCUACAGCGGCAUCUGGAGCGAGUGGAGUGAGGAGAGGUCCUGGGACACUGAGUGGGUGCUGCCCACGUGGGGCCUGGCUCUCGUCCUGGUCUUCACCACCCUGGCCUUCCUCCUGGCCCUGCGUCUCUGUGGCUCGUACGGGUACAGGUGGACCCACAAGUGGGCGGAGAAGAUCCCCAACCCCAGUAAGAGCCAGCUGUUCCAGGACAUGAGUGCGGGGCGCUGGCCCCCCAGCGGCCUGGCAGCCCUCACCAGCAGGAGCCCCGCGCACAAGGGACCCUGGGACAGCCACUUCCCUGGGCUGCAGGGGGUGUCCCCCGAAGUCUGCAUGCAGAGCGAGGUGUCACCUCUCACCGUGGAGGAUCCUAAGCAGGCCCACGACACGCCCUCUGAGCCCAGCACGACUCCGGCCGCCUCCGACCUGCCCGGGGAGCUGCCCCCAGGCCCCACGCCCUGCCUGUCGGCCCCCUCCAGCAGCCUCGAGAGCCAGGGUUCCGGCUUCGACUUCAAUGGCCCCUACCUGGGGCCGCCCCACAGCCGCUCCCUGCCGGACCUCCUGGGCCAGGAGGAGCCCCUGCCGAUGGGGGGAAGCCAGAAGCCUAUGCCCGCAGGGUCCCUGGAGUACCUGUGCCUGCCCCAGGGGGAGCAGGUGCAGCUGGUCCCGCUGGCCCAGGUGAUGGGCCAGGCCCAGGCCAGGGGUGCGGAGCGGAGACCCUGCUCGAGGGCGGAGGGGAGCCCCUCCGUGGAGACUGGGGCGGGCCCUGUCCCUCACCCUCCUGGGCUGCUGGUGGGUGGUCAGGGCCUGCAGGACUGCCCCACAGCCGUGUCUGCUGUGCCCGGGCGCCCUGCAGAGAGCAGUGUGGCCUCCGGUUAUGUCAGCCCCGCAGACCUGGCACUGGCCUUACCCACGGAGGUACCAUCUGCCUCGAACGCCUCCCGGGUUCCUCCCCUUGGCCUCCCCUCCGAGCAGAACCACGGCCUCUGCCCCAGGCUGGCAUGUGGGCCCCUGGAAGGCCCCGCCCCCGGGGAAUCAGUGAUUGACAGCUAUGUGGAGCUCCCUUCCACCAUGGGCCAGGCCCCCAAGUCCCCUCUGGGCAGUCCUGCUCCUCCCGCAGCCAGCAGCCAGGUCCUGAGCCCGCGGGAGCCCCGGGUCGAUGUGACCCCAGUUUCCCCGCACCCCGAGGGGCUCUUGGUCCUGCAGCAGGUGGGGGACUAUUGCUUCCUCCCGGGCAUGGGAUCGGGGCCCUUGUCCCCCCAGAGCAAGUCCUCUUCUCCUGGGCCCUGUCCGGAGAUCAGGGACCUGGACCAGGGCUUCCCGGCCAAGAAGCCUUCCUGCCCGGCCAUUCCCCAGGUGCCCGCCAUUCAGCUCUUCAAAGCCCUGAAGCAGCAGGACUACCUGUCGCUACCCCCCUGGGAUAUCGGCCGGCCUGGGGAGGUGUGCUGA